AUGAAUAUUACAAUAGAACAUGAAACUUUUCAAUAUUUAGAUGUGCUAAAAAACUUUCUUAUGAGCAAUAAUAUUAUAAGCUCCACCAUUUCAUGCUUAACCCUUUCAGACCAGGCAUACACAAUUGUACACAUAUAA